GGGCGGUGGGGAGCGGGGCCGGGCCCCGCAUGGCUCCGCCCCGGCUCUUUAAGGAGCUGCGGGGCCGCGGCGGGGCUGAGACGAGCCGAGCCGAGCGGAGCCCAGACCGACGAGCCACCAUGCCGAACUGGGGAGGAGGAAACAAAUGCGGGGCCUGCGGUCGCACCGUCUACCACGCCGAGGAGGUGCAGUGCGACGGGAGGAGCUUCCACCGGUGCUGCUUCCUCUGCAUGGUCUGCCGGAAAAACUUGGACAGCACAACUGUAGCCAUUCACGACGCUGAAGUUUACUGCAAAUCUUGCUACGGCAAAAAGUAUGGCCCAAAAGGCUACGGGUAUGGCCAGGGGGCUGGCACGCUCAACAUGGACCGGGGAGAGAGACUUGGCAUCAAGCCUGAGAGCACGCCCUCUCCCCACCGACCCACCACAAAUCCCAACACUUCCAAGUUCGCUCAGAAGUUCGGUGGGGCAGAGAAGUGCUCCAGGUGUGGUGAUUCUGUUUAUGCGGCCGAGAAAGUAAUAGGAGCUGGAAAGCCAUGGCACAAAAACUGCUUCCGAUGUGCCAAGUGUGGAAAAAGCCUAGAAUCUACAACCCUAACUGAAAAAGAGGGAGAAAUCUAUUGUAAAGGUUGUUAUGCCAAGAACUUUGGCCCCAAGGGAUUUGGGUACGGCCAGGGAGCGGGCGCCCUCGUCCAUGCCCAGUGAGGGGGCACGGCCCUAAACCCCGUACGGCUCUGCUGAGAUCCUGCUACAAGAAAGAAGAGUUUCCUACAUGUUACUAACUACUGUGAAACAGAUACUAGUUACUGCAGUGCUUGGGCCAUACACUCAGCAGAUGGAUUUGUUUUAUUGUUGUUUUUUUUUUUUUUUAAUAAGCACUGCUUUUUUCCUUGCUUUGUGUAUCACACUGUAACACUUCUAAUACCCAGUAUCAAUUCAAUAAAGCUUUGCUUGUUGAUAUAUCCUA